AUGACGCCUGAAAACGAAAACUACUUAUGCCACAUUUUAUUGACGGAGCUACUAGCCUACCAAUUUGCGUGGCCGGUUAGAUGGAUUGAAACCCAAAACGUCUUGCUAAAUCAGUUCCAAACUGAAAGGCUGAUUGAGGUUGGUCCUCAACCAAUUCUCACUAAUAUCGCAAAAAGAACUCUCAGCCAAGCUUCAAGUUAUGAGUGUGCCACCACAAUAUCGACUCGUCGGCAGAUACUCUCCAUUGCUGGCGAUAUGGAAGAGAUAUCGUAUCACUAUAACCCACCUAUCAAAACCGAGUCCCCUGUAGAUUCGAACACGAAGUCCAUACAAAAACCAAGCGUGAGCGCCGCUGUAGGCAAUGCACCACAGCAAUCUGAUCUGUUUGCUCGUGAGUUGAAAAAAUUACCGCACACUAAUUCUGAAGUUAUAGAUGCAGUGCGCCUGACUUCCGAAUUUGCCUUGAGGUUUAUCAUAUCUCGAAAGCUGAGCGCUUUUGACAUACACUCCCUACCCUUGGACAAGUCGAUCAAAGAAAUCUGUAACGGAAAAUCAACGCUGCAGAAUGAGUUGCUUGCAGACAUAUACAGGCAGUUUCCAACUUUACGAGACAUUCAUAAAAUUGAAGAAAUACCAGUCAGCUCUCUAUCAGAGGAUGCAGUCUUUUCUGAUAGACAACCAGACGACACUGGCCCACUGAUUGCCGAUAUCCUAAGCAACUUUAUUUCUCGAAAAUUCACGGGUGCUUUGUGCAGCUCGGGCAGUGUUCGGCGCUAUCUGAAGGAAAAUUGGGACAUUCAAACUGCAUCAGGAAUUCUUGUCCUUCUCGCCUCGAAAAAUGUAGAAGAGAGAUUCACAAGUGAAGAGGAAACGAAGCGCUUUAUUGAUGACGGUGUCACAGAAUACGCCAAACUAUACAAAACCCCUCUCAAGAUGUCGGCUUUGAAUACUUCAGGGCAGGAAGCUUUGGCUGCCGAAUUGGACGAGGAGAAGCCGAAAGUUAUAAGCAUUGAAAGCUAUUCGGCUUUUCAACAUGAUUUGACGGAGCUACAUAGUCAUCAGAACCAAGUUUUGAGCCAACAUCUGAAGGAAUCCAAUGAAAAGUCCGAGGUGGAAAAAUUGAGGGCUCAAGUAGCCAAAAUGGAGAAAAAAGUGACUGCAAUUGAGAACGAAUUUGGAGUUGACCUGAUUGAUAAAUCAUUGCUGCGAUCGUUUUCUCCUCUAAAAGUAAGAACUUUUGACUCAACAUGGAAUUGGGCACGACAAUCCAUUAUCAAGGUACUUUAUGCUCUUCAUAGGGAACCUCAGAAAAUUGGACAAAUUCUGAGUCCUUCGGUUGUGCAAAACAUAGCGAACAGAGCUGAUAUUAGUGUCAUAAGAAUCAUUCAAUUCACACUAAAAAAAAACUGCUACAACUCGGCAGUAAGAGAAAUGUUCGAAAAGGUUGUGAAUUACAGCUUACAAGAGAUUUCGAGCCCUCCACUAUUUUAUGUGAAAAAUUUCGAAGCAGCUGAAUGUAAGCUCCUAUGUCAUCCUCAAAAUGCGACACAGUAUAUCAAAGAGAUGUCUUUGGCAGCCGCCUCACAGAAAACUGAGCAGUCUUUCCUUUCAUCAAGAUUAAACGGCGAUAUGGAUAGCUACUACAAGAUUGAGAAGGAGCUUUUUCAGGUCUAUUCCAAGAUUAUUCGAUAUUCCUUGGACUCGAAUAAUGCGACAACAAAUAUACGCUCUCAGUUUGACACCGUUUACGAGCAGUUGUUGAUAUUUCUCAGAAACUCGGACUAUGUCGCUUCUUUCUUUAGAGGUAUUGUGAAUGAAGCAGUGAGGUCCGUAAACAAAAGUUUGAUUACAACCAAAGACGAGUUUCACAACGUUGUUGUUGAUGAUAUUGAAGUAAUGUCAUCGGACGAAGAGGACGAUCACUUUACGUCAUCAGAGGAUAGGCAAGAAAGGCAGGUUGUGCCUGAAGUAAAAAUACCUACUGGUAUAGUCCCAUUUGUUCAUCUCAAAAAGAGGUCCCAUGUCUCGGGAGAAUGGAAUUAUGACAAGCAGCUAACACAAACCUACCUCAAUAACCUGCAAAGAAUAGCUAUCAAUGGGGUUUCCUUUCACAACAAAACAACUUUAGUUUUCACGACAGGUGCCGAGGACAAAUUGACUGUGGAAGUCAUACGUGCACUUUUACAAGCUGGCUCAAAGAUAGUAGUAGCCACCCAGCACUUCGACCGCGAGACGUGUGUGAAAUUCCAAAAGUGCUACCAGAAUCACGGCGCUACUGGGUCUGAGUUGAUUAUCCUGCCUUUGAACAUGAGCUCUAAGAGGGACGUUUCCGAAUUUUCAACCCAUCUGUUCUCCAAAAUAGGCGAUAUUGACUUUUUCUUGCCGUUGCAUGUAAGAACGACCUUCGAGUCAAUAUUGGAUUAUACUUCUGCUGCAGAAUUGGGCCAUAGAUCAUCCAGUAUUAACUUUUUGCGUUUCCUCGGUAGUAUUGUGAGAGAGAAAAGGUUGAUUGGAAUAGACACAAGACCGACGCAUGUGUUACUACCACUCUCACCAACCAACGCAAACAUAAACGAAAAAUAUAACUUUUCAGAUACGUUUAUGGCGGUCGUGCUCCAAAAGUGGUACGAUGAAGACUGGUCUGCGGAAUUGAGUAUUUGCGGUUGUGUCUAUGGGUGGACUCACGAUGGUGAUGGUGAUUACAUUUCGCGUGGAUUGGAGGAAUCAGGAAUCCGUACAUUCGCUAACAACGAAAUGGCAUUUAACAUCCUGGGACUUCUGACAUAUGAUGUCAUUUUCAACUGUCAAGACACCCCGCUGAUAGCUGACUUGAAUGGAGGUUUGCAGGCACUUCCAAAUUUGAGUUUAAUUGUGGACAAACUCAGGACAGAUCAUGAAGAAAAGGAGCAAGUGAAGAAGGAACUAGAAAAGCAGCAUCUAUCUGACUCUGCACUUACAGGCCGUAUCGCAAAGCCUUUCAUAGAAGCGCAACCUAGAGGAGCUGGUCACCUAUCUUUCCCCAGGAUCACGCGAUACCAGAAACUUAAGGAAGAUUUCAAAGGUGACAGUUUGAACGGCCUUCUCGACUUGUCUAGUGUGGUAGUAGUUACUGGCUUUGGAGAACUUGGGCCUUGGGGUAGUCAAAGAACACGUUGGGAGAUGGAAAAAGACCAUACUUUGUCUUUAGAGGGAUGCAUUGAAUUGUCGACUAUUAUGGGAUUGAUAAAGUACUGUGAUGUCGCAGGCGGCAGAGCCUGGAUUGAUUGUAAAACAGGAGAGAAAAUCAAAGAGUUUGAAAUAAAAGAGAGGUACGAGAACCACAUUAGAGAACAUUGCGGUAUACGAUUCGUGGACCAAGAGCUUUCUCACGACUUCGAUAUGCGGAAGAAAGAAGUGUUGCACGAAAUUAUCUUAACGCAUGAUUUGAGUCCAGUCCGGAUGUCUGCUGAACAAGCAGAACAAUACAGGUUGCACCACGGUGAGAAAGUGGAAAUAUACCCUGUAGAUGAAGAAAGUGAAUGUUUGGUCAAAUUUCUCAAAGGAUGCUGCCUCAUGAUACCAAAGACAAUAAACUCUGACCGAUUUGUUGCUGGUCAGAUUCCGACUGGCUGGGAUCCAACUUUGCUUGGUAUCCCCGACGACAUCAUUUCACAGGUGGACCCCAUUACGCUCUACGCACUGGUAGCUACAGCAGAAGCUUUCAUUGCAUCGGGCAUUCGGGACCCCUAUGAACUCUUCAAGUAUGUUCAUGUCUCCGAGGUUGGUAACUGUGUCGGUUCAGGAAUUGGUGGUAUGAAAUCACACCGCGAAGUGCAAAAAGAACGUUACAAGGAUGAUGAUGUAAAGUCUGAUGUUCUACCUGAGACUUUCGCAAAUGUUACAGCAGCUUGGAUAAAUAUGCUCUUGUUGUCAUCAUCAGGACCGAUCAAAACACCUGUUGGGGCCUGUGCCACCGCGGUUGAAUCUCUGGAUAGUGCAGUGGAAACCAUUCUAUCUAAAAAGGCCAAGAUUUGCGUUGCUGGCGGGUGCGAUGAUUUUGAAGAACAUAUCGCUCAAGAAUUUAGCAAUAUGGGGGCAACAUCGAACUCGACGCGGGAGAUGGAACAUGGAAGGACUCCGGACGAAAUGUGCAGGCCUGCAACGUCGACCAGAAGCGGUUUCAUGGAGUCUCAGGGUGCCGGAGUGCAGAUUCUCAUGUCUGCAGACGUUGCCAUUGAGAUGGGGGUACCCAUAUAUGGCAUAGUUGCGAUGGCGUGCACAGCAUCAGACAAAAUCAGCAAAUCGCUUCCCGCGCCUGGCCAAGGAAUCCUAACAUGCGCUCGUCAAAAUAGCAGCGCCAGGGCGAAGAACAACAGUCACAGGCUAAGUCCGGAGUAUAGGCGACGCCAAUUGAACCAGCGUCUGAGCGAAAUCGAGCUGUGGGGCGAAUGCGAAAAGGCGGAGGGUAUAGACACUGAGUUUGUCGACCGACUUGUCGAGUCUCAACAACAGGAAGCCCGCAGUCAUUGGGGUAACACGUUUUGGCACAACGAUGCUAGCAUCUCUCCUAUAACAGGUUCUCUCGCAACUUACGGAUUGACGAUCGAUGAUGUUGCCGUUGCGUCCUGCCAUGGUACAUCGACAAAAGCCAACGAAAAGAACGAGUCUCAGGUGUUGAACACCAUGAUGACUCAUUUGGGAAGGACGGAGGGGAAUCCCGUUCUCGCGGUCUUUCAAAAGCACUUGACGGGCCAUCCGAAGGGCGCUGCUGGUGCAUGGAUGGCUAACGGUGUUCUUCAAUCAAUGCAGGAAGGAAUAGUUCCCGGAAAUCGAAACGCUGAUAAUAUUGACAAGGAAUUUGCCAAGCACCAACAUUUGGUAUAUCCGUCAGAAAACUUGGAAAUUGGCACAAUCAAGGCGGCGACUUUGACAUCCUUUGGUUUUGGCCAAAAGGGUUCGAUGGCCGUAUUCGUCCAUCCAAAUUACGCUUUGGCUGCUUUAUCCAAAGAACAGUACGAAGAGUAUUGUGGAAAAUUGUCCAAGCGUAGUGCCAAAGCUCAACAACACUACUCGCAAGCACUCGUUAAUCGCAAAAUUUGUCCAGUCAAGAUGAAAGCCCCUUUCGAGGCCAAGCAGGAAGAAGAGGUUUUUCUCAAUCCUACUUUGAGAGCAGACGACAGCCUCGAAAUCCGAGUCUCCGAAUCCUCUUGA